AUGGCUCGAGCCAUGUUCACCGUCGUAUUUAUUUCCCUUUUCUACUUCGCAAAGGUCGCCAUCAACGACCUCGCCGCCACUAAUGGCCUCUUUGACGUCAUCCAGGAGCAUCUCCGCGAGGAGCCGAUCAAGUUCACUUCCUUCAAGCCCCUGGACGGCCUGUUGACCAUGCUCGUGCGAUUUUUCCAGCCAAUUGUCGCCGGCAAAGACCCUACUCUCAGUCUGUUUUGCAUCUUCAUGAUUGGCCAAUUGAUGGCGAUACAUGUAAUUAUCCAGGCCGAAGGUUUGAGGGCUGGUAACCGGGGGAAACUGAUCUCUUACACGACGUUCUGGGGCCUGGCAUGGCAGGUCUUCACUAUCGGCGUCACACUCCCCGUAUACUUCCUUGUCCACAUCUACACUUCCCCCAUUCCAGAUGCUCUUGGCCCAGACGCGUUCGCGGCGGCAAUAUCCAUCGAUCCCGUUCAGGCCCGAGCAUUACUCGGAUCUCUAACCAUCGGUGCUGCCCUACCAACACUACUGGCGGCGCUUCCGUCCCCCAGUGUUAUCACUCCGCACACACAAGAGGCCUUUCUCGCCAUCUGGCAGGCCUUCCCGCUGUGGUCUGGCAUCGCGCAAUUCAUCCUAUCUCAGGCCAUUGGUGCCUUGGGGGUAGUGCCCAAAGCCCAAACCCCAACCGCUCGAAACAGGGCCAGAGACCUGCGCAAAAUUUAUACUUCCACCCUUCCAGUCGUCGCCCUAACAUCAUAUGGUGUUCUCGCUUACGUCUUCUGGACCUCGGAAUGGGCUCCGCAGCCCGCAAUCGAGUUCCUGAAGGAGAUGUUCGUCCCUCCGUCGCCGUUUUCUACGGCCAAGAUGGCAUCGGUCGAGAGGGGGACUUUGGCGUUUCUACAAUGGGAUAUGUGGUGCGCGUCUUCGGCAACGUGGAGCUGGAUCCUGUAUAUGGCGUAUCAGAGGAAGGGUAUGGGGGGACUUGUAACGGACUUCGGGAAGUUGGUAACGUGGACUACUGUCCUUGGACCUGGUGGUGCGACUUUGGCUGUUGUUUGGGGCCGGGAUGUCAAAUCUCUGCGGAAUGUCGGAGGAAAGAAGAAGACUGGCUAG